AUGCGGGCCUUUCUGCUGAGCAUCGUGUGCUCUUUUCUGCUGUUGGCGACGAUUGCCUCGGCUUGGUCAUGGCAGCCUCAUGCGUUGAUGCUCGCUGGGGAUGACCAGCUGGAUAAACGAGCAGAAACCACCGAUGCAUCGACCACCGAAGCGACCGCCAGUGCGUCCGAAACCUCCACCGAGACGGAUACCGCCAAAGACAAGGACAAGGAGAAGGCCACCAAAACAGACACCAAGACCGACAAGAAAACCACGGCCACUUCAUCGAUCUCGAUCGACCCUGCUGCGGGCGCGGGCGGUGUGGCUAUGAUCACCCCGGCGUCUUCGUCAACUAGCUACUACAAGAUCGGGCACAAUGUGACAUUCGUCUGGAACUAUACCUCACUGUCAGUGACGCCGUCGGCAGUCAACGUAGUCGCCUCGUGCAGCCUGAACAGUGCCACCUAUACCAUCACCUCGAACAUGAGCGCCAAGGCUACGGGGUCGGUGGUUUGGGAUACCAACAACUUCGAGGCCUCUGCAACCAUGAAGCUGCUGACGGCCACGUACACGCUGGUCAUCUAUGAUGCCGCCAAGGAAAUCGACGAUACAGCCAAGGCCGGCCACUUGAGCUCGCAGAGCCAGUUCUACUUUGGGAUGUAUCGCCCGCAAAAAUACACCCCACUCAACGAAUUCAAAUGUGCCACCUGCAGUGGUGCUAUUUCCGACAUCGACCGCCAAGCCUUCAAGUUUGCCCUGGGUAUGGCCAUUAUCACCAUUGCGUCUUUUACCUGGUUUGCCGGUAGUUUUGGCUUCUUAUCAAUGUGA